AGCUGGGUGAGAGCCGGGAGUAUGUCUCAUGCUCCCGGCCAGUGAAAUAGGGAGCUUAGGGCAUGGGACAAAGAAAUAGGUUGGUUACCGGCGAAUCCUGGCGUACUGUUAGUUUGGAGACACGGCUGCGAAAUUUGAGCAAUGCUUGCCUGCAGGUCUUGCAUCCAUCAGCAGUCUUCCUGUGGAAGGCUCCAAUCCGGUUGACGAGGCGGGGACGGCCUGUUGGACUAGGAGCCAUCUGCGGAUGGGGCUCAUAUCCCUGCGUUCUUGGUUGUUAUUGACCCGGCAGUUUGUCGAAGGCUGGGGAGAGGAAGUGGAAUCCGUAGGAACCCUUGAACGAAGCAGCCAGUCCUCGGCCACAUUAUGCGAAGAACAUGGGAGAGAGGAACGAAAGAAAAAUUGACGCGACGAAGUCA